AGCAAGUCAGAGGUCGUGGAGAGGAUCGAGGGAUGAAGUGACCCGAUGAAAACAACAACACGAUCACGCCACCCUCGAUCCUUUGUUGUUUUUCGGGAUAGAUAUAGGUUGAGGUGCACGGACUUUGAAGGCAUUGCUUGACGUCGCAAGGCUGCUGUCUCUUCUACCUUUCUGAUUCUUAGAGCAACACGACUGCUGUCUAAAACUAAAGUAAGAUUCAUUUCGAAACACCCUGAUCAAUAAACAUGGCCUUCUCGGUUGCUCAGCGUUCAAGCUCUGUCCUGAGGCUUAUGCUGCGAAGUUCCAACAAAAUCGGACAAGAAUUAGCAGAGGGUCCUUGCCAACACCUCACAAAGAGAGUUGUGUUGCCUUCUCUUGGACCUGUUGCAAUCCAAACGGCUUCACUGCACGGGCACCAUGGCAGCACCAAGCCUCUGGUCCAAGCAACAGGUAGGCGAGAGGUCCACGCAGGUAUCUUCAACACCAACGCAGCAGCUCCUGAUAUACUCCCACUACAAGGCAGCACUGUAGAUGCAGCUGCAGACAAGACUACCCAAGCAUCCCCUAGAGUGAUGAAACGCUCACAUCUCUACCGCUUCAUUGCAGAGGUGAGCCAGGCUGAGAUUACCAAGGGCCAAACCAUCACUUCGGUUGCGCAUGCCCUGGAUGACAUGGCCCUUAACGUCACUUGGUCCGACGGGGAGGUACAGGCCUACCCAUAUGCAUGGCUUCGGGAUAACUGCCUCUGCAAGCAGUGUUACCAGUCAUCCCUUCAGUCAAGGAUCUUUAGUUUCACAAGCAUUGAUGUGGAGAUGAUUCCUAUUUAUGCUGUGCCUGGAGAUGAAGGAAAGACAGUUCGAUUGACUUGGCCCGAUGGUCACUUUGGAGAAUAUCCUUCAGAUUGGCUUCGUAAACAUCGCUUUGAGAACUCCUUCACUGACCCUACCUUUGACUCUGAGCUACAGUACUGGAAGACAGACCUGAUAGACAGCGGCACUCUGCGUAGGUUUAACUUCCACGACAUCGUGUCUAAUGAUGAAGCUCUGUAUGAAUGGCUGAUGGAAAUGAAGCUGACUGGAAUUUGCCUGGUGGAGGGAGCCGGAAUGGUGGAAGGGCAGGUCAAACAUCUUGGAGAUAGAGUUCUGUUUCUUAGAUCAACUUACUACGGACCAACGUCCCAUGUGGUAGUGAAAUACAAUGCCACCAAUAUUGCAUUCACCGGCAAGGCUUUCCCGAUGCAUACUGACCUGGCAUUCCUGCAUAGGCCACCUGGUGCCCAGAUGAUCCAUUGCAUUGAGCAGGCCAAGGGUCCAGGGGGUGAGAAUUGGUUCACUGAUGGGUUCAAGGUUGCCUUAGAUCUGAAGAGGGAGGAUCCGGAGGCCUUUGAGCUGCUUAGCACUACACUCAUGGAGUAUCAAGACAUCGGUGAAGAUGUAUAUGGUAGAUUCCAUCAGCAUUCACGCCAUCCAACUAUCAGUCUUGACCGUGACGGUAAUCCCGAGCAUGUGUACCUGAGUGACCAUGGUCGUAUGCCAAUGAUGCGGAUACCAGUGAAGAACACCCAGGCCCUCUAUCGAGCCUUGAAGAAGUUCAGUAAUAUGUACCAUCACCCUGACAACGUCUGCGCAUACAAACUGCGAGAAGGUGACAUUAUGACCUUUGACAAUCGACGUGUCAUCCAUGGUCGAGGUUCCUUUGAGGUGACCAGUAACAGUAGUCGUCAUCUUGAAACGGGUUACCUGGAAUGGGAUGAGAUCAACUCACGCUUGCGUCUGCUUCAGCACCAGUUCCAAGCAAGCAUGUAAAGGUAUCUGGCUGUUCUGUUUCCAGGGGAUGUUAACAGCUUAACUCCCACUGGUAAACAAAUAGCAUCAUAAGUAUUAGUAUAAUGCCAAUCAAAAUAGGCAUUUGUUAAUGUCUUAGGACUGAAACUUAUAAAACUUAAUUUACAGACUAAAUUCUAUUUUAUUUAGAACAUUUUAUAAACAGAGCGUUUUGAUAAUCAUCAUGAUAUCAGCUGCUUUUCUGGAAAGAAAAGUAAGUUUAAAUGUUAAAACACUGGAGUUUUUUUUUAAACAAACAAUUGGCUUUUUCUCUGAAAGUGUGUCCAUAUAGUCUGGUCCCACUUUUACAACUCCAGGGAGUAUGACUAUGAUGACAGUGUGAAGAUACAUCCUUAUUAAAGCAACCUUGUUCCCAGAGGUUAUCGAUCGCGCCACACCAUUUUUCCCAGCAUGCCUUGCUCGAUCAUAACCCCUGGAAUUUUUAUGAGCGGCUGUAAUCAAUCCAUUUUUAUGCACGCACGCCAUUUUCGUCUUACAGAAUGUCUUUGUUUUUCUUUUUUAAAAACGUGUUUGUGCCAUAAAAAACGCGGGCAUGAUCAACAUGCAAAUACCCUAAAAAAGCGUACGCGCACUUUGCAUCUAAUGCAUAUACAAUUUCGUGAGUCAAUCAGCGUUGUUUCUCAGUACAUCCCUUCUGGGGGUUAGUGACGAGAGGUAUCGAUAUGGUGCGCUGCCCAU